CGGCAUCUGCCCUAUUAAACAACAUUCAAACCUUAACCCUGUAUACCUAUGGAAGAUAGAAUUACUUAACUCUAUACUAGGUAGUUUCGCCGUACCCGUUUCCAAAGACACGCAGUCCGACCUAGCUGAGAUUAAUAACCCCAUCGACCCAAACCCAUCAUCCCUCUCGUGUAUACUUAGGUCACACCAAAUAUCAUUACUUAACAUACAUAAUCAAUAUGCCUUCAAUCGAAUUGGGAGAUUCGAUACCUCCGAAUACUGCUCACGCCGUGAGUGUCUCGCUUCCCACCUGGAAAUCCAACGUGGGGUACGAGGAGGGCGAGCAAUGGGUCCUCGGCACUAUGGUCACGGGUUAUCCAAGGUUCUUUAUCCACAAGAGCAUACAGGCCUUUGGUCGCGACAUUGCCGCCAGAUAUGGGACUGAAGAGCAGCAGGCUAUACUGUUCCCGACCAGGAAGACGGCAAAUCGAUGUAUUGACUUCGUCCGAGACAAGGCCCCGCAGUCUGCCCUCGCCAACCUUGGUGUCCUUCAUUUGGUUCUAGAUCCCGCCAAAAAACCGCCGGAGUCAUUGCUAUCCGCUACGCCGUCUAUCUCAGCUGUCUUAUGCUCCGCGGAGACAUUCCCAUUUGUUAAACAGUAUUGGCAGCAUUCCGGCGAUGGUGUGUCAAGUCGACGUGCGGAAUUCUGCCACGGCCUGUUUAACGAAAACAUACUAGUCCCCGAGGAGCAGGCAUCGCCGCCUCCAGCAGCACAGCAGAAGUUAUGCCGGGGACCAAAGAGAUACCGAAGAACAGCUUCCAUCGACCAUAAUACGAACGGAUCAAACGGGGCUAGCCGUCAUUUCCCCGUGACUCUAGAGACGACCACGGAUAAUGGCACAACAGAUUCACUCGAAACCUCGCGGUUCCUAGAAGAACGAUAUGGGAGGAACCUCGACCUCUCCCUGGUUCCCAACGCUAAGUCGGCUAUCAGGCGUCGCAUCGCCGGCGUCCUGACCACAGAUAUCGAUUUGGAAAGCACUACCGCAUUUCCAACCAUGGAUUCCAACGCUCGCGGGAUCUCAAACUUCAAGGAGGACGAUAUAUAUCUGGUUCCCUGCGGGAUGAACGCUAUCUUUACUACUCACCAGACCCUCCUCAAGGCGCGAGAGCCUCGGAAGAGUAUCAACUUCGGGUUCCCGUAUGUGGACACCCUCAAGAUCUUGCAAAAGUUCGGCCCGGGUGCCAUCUUCUACGGCUACGGCUCUUCUUCAGACCUUGACGACCUCGAGGGUCGCCUACAGAAUGGAGAGAGGUUCCUAGCUCUUUUCUGUGAAUUUCCCGGCAACCCCUUAUUGACUUGCCCCGAUCUCGUACGCAUCCGACGAUUGGCCGAUAUGUACGACUUUGCCGUGGUAGUUGACGAAACGGUGGGCACGUUUGUCAACGUCAACGUACUCCCCUUUGCCGACGUCGUCGUCAGCAGUCUGACCAAAAUUUUCUCCGGGGACUGCAACGUUAUGGGCGGCAGCAUCAUCCUGAACCCGAACAGUCGGUACUAUGACUCGUUAAAAUCCGUCAUGGCGAACGAAUUCGAGGAUACGUAUUGGGCCGAGGACGUUAUCUUCAUGGAGAGGAACAGCCGCGACUUCAAGUCCCGUAUUGAUAGAGUUAAUACGAAUGCUGAGGCCAUCUGUGACAUCUUAAAGGCGCAUCCACUAGUCACUAAUCUUUACUACACCAAAUACAACGAGACCAGGCCCAACUACGAGAUCUGUAAAUUGCCAAACGGAGGCUACGGCGGGCUCUUGUCGUUCACACUAAAAACUAAAGCUCAUGCCAUGGCAUUCUUCGAUGCCCUUGAAACAGCCAAAGGACCGAGCUUAGGCACCAACUUCACCUUAACCUCGCCAUACAUGGUUCUGGCCCAUUAUCAGGAGUUGGAAUGGGCCGCCGGGUACGGAGUAAAUCCCGACUUACUCCGGGUCAGCGUUGGAUUAGAAGAUAAUUUAACAUCUGUCUUUGCGAAUGCUCUGAAAGCGGCUGAAGCAUGCCAAGUUGGCGAGUAAAUUACUCAGUAAGGUUGUUGGGCAGCGUCAAAAAAAGGAUAUCAUGACGAUAUAGCGAUGAUAUGAGAAAUUUAGCACGAAGAUCAUCCAUCAUUACCGCCCUCUCCUGCCUCGUCCCCAACCGUGACGUACGUGUUUAUCUUAUUGUAAUCACAUGCGUUGAAAAGUGUAUGUUAGCGAAAAGGAAGAUCAUUAUAAUUACCUCGUACGGCAAUUACUAUGUUAACUCGCGUAUCCGAUUCAUAA